GCUGGGUGAGUAGAGACGAUCACUGUCAACUCCCACAACUCAGUUCUCAGCUGAUACUCUACAGGUUUAUUUAUAACUUUGACCUCAAGCUUCUCUUGUUGAACUCGUUGAACUUGUGUCUUUUAUCUCACUGAACCACAUCUGGCUUUUUGGCUGUUUAGAUAUCUACAUGAAAUUCAAAAAGAGGAAAAGUUGAUCUUUCUACGUGAAUUCAACAACUGACAGAAUGAGAGAAAAAGAAGAUUCAGUCACUAUAAGGAAGUGACAUAUACGCAAAACGGGAAGUGAACGCUGUAUCUCUCCUAAAGAAGUCAGAAACGUUGACAGUCGAGGGCGAGAGAACAAGAGAGAGAGACGGAGAGGAACGAUGGCUGAAUUCAGACGGAUUCAAAUAACUUUAUUUGUGAUUCUGAUGCUCCAGUUUACAGCAGUAGCUGGACAAAACCCCCUCUCCUUCACUGUCAGAGCUGGAGAUGAAGUCACUCUGCCUUGUGAAAAUGUGAUAAAUCAGGACUGUAGUAGCACUACUUGGCUUUCUAGUCGUAAAGGGGAAACAACAACAGUAGCGCUGAUAGAGCAUGGGCAGAUUAAAGAUGGGAUUCCCAAAGCUAAAUCAGACAGACUGAGUCUUAGAGAGAAAUGUUCUCUGGUUAUAAAGAAUGUCACAGAGGAGGAUGUUGGUCGUUACACCUGCAGACAGUUCUACAGAUCAGGACAACAACAAGGUCCAGAUACUGUGGUUCAUCUGUCUGUUGUCAACAUGGAAGAACUGAAGAACACUGAUGAUACAGUCACCUUGAUCUGCUCUGUGUUGACAUAUUCUGGGUGUGACCACUCAGUGAAGUGGCUGUAUGAGGGUGAUGAGAAUGACGUGAAGAUAACACCUCAUACCUGUUCAGCCAGUGUGUCAUUUCCUCCUCAUCUUCAUCAGAAGUUACUGAAGUGUAACGUGACAGAUAAGAAGAAUGGAAACACUCUGCUGUGUAAUGUCGGCCCCCAGUCCUCUCAUAAGAAAACAGGAAACACAACAGUGGGAACAGAUAACACACCAACAACACCAGAUUGGUUGUUGUACAUCAUUGUGGCUGUGGGAGUAACAGCACUCUUAGCAGCAAUCAUCAUCGUGGUAGUCAUCAGACGGAAGAAAACUAAAAGGAACAACACGCAGACGAAUGAAAACAUUGGACUGAGUUUGAACCCUGCAGAGACUCAGUCUGCUCCAGAAACCAGUCAGGACAUGGCUGAUCCUGAAGGUGGUGUUUUCUACGCCUCCAUCAGCCACACCAAGAAGACCAGCAGUAAAGCUCAGGCUCGGGGUAAAGAUGCUGAUGCUGAUGAUGAGGCAGUGACCUACAGCACCGUGAAAGCUCCUCCUUCUGCUGCUGCUGCAGCCUCUGCUGAUGUCAGCAACCUCUACGCCACCAUCAACAAACCACACCAAUAAGACAGCAUGGUGUAGUUACAGCUCAUAGCAUUACAGGUAUUUACAUUGAUAGUUAAUAAAAAGACCAAGUCUGUUUUUGGUUGGUGCCUUUUACUAGAAUUCACUCGUACUGUGUUACUGGAUGAAGCCAUUCAGCAACAUUGUUUCUGCAGUAGAAAUCCUUGUGAUCAUUAAUAUUUAUUCAUAUUUUUGUACAUAACCCUUUUACCAGAUUAACAGCAGUGUUAUUGAUGCAUGAAGGAAAAGACAACACCUUGUAGCUAAACUUCAUCUGGUUGUUGACAAGAUUAACAUGAUUCUAUAUGAUGAAGGACUGGGUUAGGUUGUUUUACAUGAUGUUUGAAAAUGUAUUGGUAUCAAUAUAAAAACCAACCCACUGGAAUAAUACAGUGGUAGUUUUUCAUUUCAGGUCUUACAUGAGCAUAUGAUCACGUUUUCUUUUUGUUACAAAUAUUUCUAUGAUCAUUUCAAUGUUUAUUGCUGUAAAAUGCCUUUCUGUCCAGAAGUGGGUGUAGUAGAUUAACUAGUAGCACAAUGUGAAACGUAGAUUAAGAACCUGACAUUCACAUGACUGGUUUCUUAAAUGAAUGAGAACAUGUGUAUAAUACUGUAUAUAAUAUAUUUUUCUUUGUAAACUUGCUGUCAGCCACUUUAUUAACUUAAUUGAUUGAUGUAUGUUUCUUGUGUAACCAGGAAGCUCUCAGGGUUUCUGGCUCAGUAGUCUAUAUCCUCGACGUUCCACUUCUGGGAUUGCUCCGGUGUAGCAGGAUAGAGCUGUAAUCUGGCUUUAAAAGUUAGGUCAGACAAGGCCCGAGCCUGACAGAAUUUGGCCCGAGCCCGACAAGUACAUUUUGAUUGACAGCUUUUUAAAAGCCCGAAACCGUUUACAGCCUGACAUUAUUCAA